AUCCUUAUUGGCAAUCGGAUUUGUCGCAAAACCAUCUCACAAAGCACACAGGACGGGAGCACCUCUUUAUCACUCAUCAGACAACUUGAGGACUGGAAGCUCUGAGGAAAUGGAUGCCAUGAGUGAAAGUUUGUUCACGUGGGUGGGGACCUUGCCUCCAUUCAUCCAGCGAAAGUCAGAACCUGUUGCUAAAGAUUUUAUGGACGGAGCCAUACUUGCAAAAAUUUUAAAGGAAGUGGUGGAUCCUAGCUUCUUUAAAGACUUGAAUACAUCUCCACAAGAAUCAACUCCUCUCAUCGUAUUAAACAAAAAAAUGCAAGAAUACUUAUGUGAUCAGAUUGGACACGGACUUCCUAGAGAAAUAGCUCCUAAUAUUCCACGAAUUAUGACAUCUGGAGAUGUACGAGAAAUCGGUCGUCUUCUCCAACUACUGCUCGUGUGUACAGUUAACAGUCCUCGUCGUGAGGAGUUUAUUAGCAGCAUAAGGACAAUGGGAACAUUUGUCCAGACUGAAAUAGUUGGAGCUAUUCAAGAAGUUAUUGAUGCUAAACCUAAUCAGUCUCCGAAAGAGGAAGAUAUGCUAGGAAUGCAAUUGAAGAAAGUCCAAAUUGACAUGAUAUCCUUACAAGAGGAUAAAGAAAGACUGUCCCAACAAUGCCAUGAACUCAAUCAAAAAAUGUCAGAAAUGAUGGUAGAGAAAACGGCUCUGCAGACGGAAAAUGAACGAUUGCAGCAUCAACUGAACGGAACCAUGAACGAUCCAGAGUCCUUGCACAUGUCAAACAAACUUCAAGAAGACAACAGACGUGAAAUAGAGCAAUUACGGGAGAGAAAUUAUGAGCUCGAGGCAAUUGUGGAUGAUUUCAAAGUUAAAAAUCAGGUGUUACAAAAGCAGAUAAGUGAAACACAUUUCAAAAUGGCUUCAGCCGUGAGUGCAGAAGAAGAGGUGACACGACUUAAGGACGAAAUGGAUUCAUUGCGAGAGAUGGCUGACAAAGCGUCCCAUUAUGGAAAGCAAAUGAAAAUUUUGCAAAAGAAGCUGGAAGAUAUGGCUGAAUUGAAGCAAACGGCGAAGCUUCUCGGGGAUAAAAAUACUGAACUCGUAACGUUGAAUUUUGAUUUAUCAGAAGAAAACAAAAAGAUUCAAAACUUCAAGGCGACCAUAGACAAUUUAAAGAAAAACUUGGCUGAAGCACAAAAUACUCUGUCCCAGGAGAUAUUUAAAAAUAACAAGAUCAGCCAUGAUCUUCAACAAGCUCGAGAGAAGGCAGAAACCAUGCAUGGCCAGAUUCAAGCAUUGCAAGAAGAAAAAACCCAUUUGAAAGAUACGAUUGAAGAGCUGAGACUGCUCAACAACGAGACUAAUUCUCCAACAGGGUUCCCCAAUAUGGCUGGGACUUCUGAGUAUUCGAUGGAACUCUUACCUCCCUCUGUGAGACAAAAGAUGGUUGGGCUAGAGCUUGAGAAUAAGAAAUUGCAGAGCAACCUGCAAUCCGUAAUGACCAAUGACUCUUCCUCCGAAGGGUCGCAAAUUCUUGUCGAGCAGCUACGCAAACACGAAGAAAAAUUGGACAAAGAGCUUCUAGCAAAGAAUCAAGAACUAAUAGAUAUGAAAUCUGCGCUUCAAGAAAAGAUCAAGAGCUUGGAAGCUAUAAUAGUUGCUAAAGACGAAGAUCUAAAAAAGAAGGAACAAACAUAUAAAAAAUGCAUGGAGAAAGCCCAAAGUGUAAUAAAAACUUUGGAACCUACCACGGCGGGUUUGGAUCCUACAAAAUCAGAAGAACUAGAGAAAGCACGAUCCGUCCGAGAAAUGGAAGAUAAGCUUUUACAAUCUGCAUUUUACCACUAUGGAAUAGCCCUUCAUCACAAAGCAGUCGAAGUCAGAAAUAGAACAUUCCUCGGACAACAUCGUAAUGUCGCUGGACGAAGGCGAGGAAGUGAAUUGCCUUGAUAUGGGACACCAUUUUUUUUUUACAUACAUACGUCCACUUCUCUCCCAUUCCACCUUAUCAACGUUAACGUUUUUCUUUAAAUUUGUGGAAGAGAAGGAAUUAUUUUAAUUUUAAAUUUUAUAAAAUUUCACUUGUACCUGAAUGAAUCAAGGAAUUUAUUCUAAACAGCGCCCAUGUAAUGUAAUUGUAGAUAGGAUAUGUGUACACUUACAUUGUAUUUUAAUGUAUGUGUGUAUUUUAUAUUAUAUCUCUUUUAUUUAUUUUUAGUUCGCAAUGAUCGUAACAGUAUAUGUAUGUAGUGGUGGUCGGAGUAGGAUCAUUAUUUGAAUACCAAAGAUUUUCAAGUUUCAAGUCACUAAUCAUUAUUUUAGCCACACUGUGUAUUUCUAAAUUUAUCUUCUUAAGUUAUUUGAUUCAGUCUCGCUUGUAUUUUUAAUCCCAUACCUUAAUAUUGGAGAUCGUAAACGAAAUAAACGAUUUCUCAAAGUAUA